ACAUCAUUUUAUCGUAACUUAAGUAUUUAGCAUAUUUUGGAAAUUCGAUUGUAAUUAUGUGGUACUUUUUUUAUUGCUGAUGAAAUAUAAAAAAGAAAUUCUAAUAUCGGAGAAAACAUCGUCAUCUUGUCCUAAUUUGUUUCCAAAAUGGCGGCCCAUGCAGCGGCGGCUCUGUUGGAUGAAUUAAUGGGAAGGGACCGAAAUUUGCAGCCCACUGAAAAGAGAAGUGAAUUGAAAUGGGAUGAUCCAGAAGUUUGCAAAUACUUUUUGUGUGGGUUUUGUCCUCAUGAGUUGUUUGUUAAUACAAGAGCAGAUCUUGGAAAUUGUGAAAAAAUUCAUGAUGAUGUAUUACGAAAAGAGUAUACGAAAAGUGGUCGGUUUGAAAAAAUGGGAUAUGAGGAAGAAUUUAUGCGUUUCCUUCAAACUUUGAUUUCUGAUGUUGAAAGAAGGAUUCGAAGGGGCCAUCAGCGCUUAGCCUUGAAUAGUACCCAAGGAACACCUUCAAGCAAUGCUGCUGCUCUGAAAGAAGAAAAAGUUGCCAUGUUAACUGAACGGAUUAAUGAUUUAGUUCAACAGGCAGAAAAUUUGGGUUGUGAAGGAAAAGUUGAAGAAGCUCAAGGUGUUAUGAAAUUAUGUGAUUUACUAAGAGAGGAGAGGAAAGUUUUAGAAAAUCAAACCCGGCAAAACAGUCAAACGCCAGAAAGUGAAAAAACCAUGGAAGUGUGUAAUGUAUGUGGUGCACUCCUUGUUGUUGGAGACAUUCAGCAGCGUAUUGAUGAACAUAUCAUGGGAAAACAGCAUUCUGGUUAUGCCAGAAUCAGAACGUAUGUUGAAGAAAGAAAGCAGAGAAAGUUACAAUCUGCAGAAGAAAGAGAAGCCAGACUUGUCAGAGAGAAAGAAGAACGUGAAAAAGAAAGAGAGCGGGAAAAAGAGAAAGAACGAGAAGAGAAACGUAGGAAAGAAAAGGAAAGGGAGAAAGAAAGGGAGAGGCAAAGAGAACGAGAAAAAAGACGACGGCGUAGCCGUAGUCGAACCAGGAGGAGUAGAAGCAGAGAAAGGAAGAGACGUUCCAGAAGCCAUGGUCAUCGAUCUCAAAGAUCAAGUAGUAGAGAAAAACAUAAAAUUGCUCGUCGGCAUCGUUCACGGAGUCAUUCUAGUUCUAGAAGCCAUUCCUCUCGUCAGUCAAAUCAUCAUAGAAGGUCUCGGAGUAGAGAAUUUAAACAUAGAUCAGGUAGUAAAGAACCCAAAUACAGAUCACGGAGUCCUGAUUCUAAAAAUGGCUCACCUAGCUAUGAACUAAGUAAAUAUCAUUCAAGGAGUCAUGAACUUAAACAUCGCUCUGGUAGUCAGGAUUCAAGUUAUCGGUCAUUCAGCCAAGAAACCAGGCAGUACUCAAAUAGUAAUGAUUCGAAGCAGCGACCAGGCAAUAAUUGUGACAGGAAAAUUUUAUAUUUAGAAAAUGAUAAGCAGUUAAUGUACAACGAUGACAACACCCAGCAUAUGGAGAUGAUGCACUAUGAUAAAUAUGAAGAUGGUGAAAUUCCAUCAGACAGCCGUGCUGAUAUUGAUGAUAGUAAUGAAGAGACUGGCACACAUUCUGAAGGUGACACUAAAUGAAUGAUUGAUCUAGCCUGCUUCUGAUCAACCCAUGCUGGUAAGUGACUGUCUAAUGGUUUACCUGAUCUUGCUUUCAGCUCAUUCAGAGGUAAGUGGUGACCUCUACUGGCAUGCAUCCGUCCGUCUGUCUAUUUGUUCGUCCAUUGGAGUUGAGCAAGAGACACCAAGCUAAUAGACGGCAGCCACUCAAAUAUGUUGGUCUGUAAACUAAAACAGACUGUCAUGGCACUUCUAAACAAUAUACUUGGUAAAUGUCAUCAGCACCUACUGUUCCCUGUGCUCCCCCACCCCUUAAACCUGUAUUCAUCCUUUAGUAUAUUUAAUAGAUUUUCUUCCUGCCAUUAUAGUCCCAUUCAUGGAUCUGUGUUCAAGGUCGAUAAUGAAUUGGCUGAUAAUCGAAGAACUGGUAAACAUAUCUUAAUCUGUUGCUGCUUGUAAUUUUUGUUAAUGAUAAUGUGUGUGAAUGAAGAAUGCUUUGAUAUUGUCCAUAAUAAUACUGGUAUCGAAUUAAGAUAAUUCUUAAUAGUGAUGUCAUCAAAAGGGAUAAUUGUGUUACAGUUCUUUUUCAUUUUGUGGAAUAGGAAUUUUGUAGUUUUUAGAAAAAUAAUCACAGAAAAUACUAACAUCAAUUUUACUUGAUUUGAAAACUGGUAGAAUUACAAUAAUUUUAUUUUAACUUAGCUGAAGCUCGACUCAUUUGAGGAGUGUGGGAAAAUCACUUAUUCCUUCAAAAAUUAGCCAGAUUGAGUUUCUUAAUUCAUUUUUAGUCUUUCAAUCUCAAUUUCUCUAAUUACUCAAUAUAGCAUUGACAUUUUAUAUAUUUCAUUUUAAUAUCAUUUGAUGUCUAAAAUGAAUACAUGAAUGUUGUGUAAUUUAAAGAAACGCUUUCUUUCUUUCUUUUAUACAUAACAUUGAGUAUAGGUAUGAAAUAUAAGCUAGCCAAUGUUUUGCUAUUCAAACUUGACUGCAAAAUCAGAUUAAAUUAACUCUUUAUGUUUACUUCCAAAUAAUUAAAAAAAAUCUCCAGUUUGAGAAUGUCUCUGAAACAUAAAAAUGUGUACUUGAAAAGAGCAAUAUAUUUUAUUCUAAUAAAUACUUUAAGCAUAGACUAAAAACACCCCCAAAACUUAGAUUUUAUCAACUUUCUUAUAUAAUAGUUAUUUACUGCUCCAUCAAAAUAACUCUGCUGGAAAAAAAAAAAUUUACAAAAACCUACAUCAAAAUUUGAUUUUAUAAACAAAGUAAAACUUAGUCACUUCACUUUUUUUCUUCUUUUUAAACAUAUUACAAAGUUUUUAACCACUGCAUCAAUAAACAUGAAAAAAAUCUGGGUUUAAUGUUAUUUGUGAAUGGGGCCUUAAUAUUUUAUUUUCCUGCACAGACACCAUCAUCAUUCCAGUGGUUUUAUUAUAAGCACAUGCCUAUAGUCUGACCAGUUUCUUUUCUGAUACAGACAGAUUUCUAUUUAUGCAGUUCUAUCAAUCUUUGUCAGCACCAUGUUUGAAUUGCUCGGUUGCCAAUGUUGAGAGCAUUGCUUUGACUACCAAUCUGUUACAUGAGACCACGGUGCCUCAAUGCUUCCUCGACACCAGUGAUGCUUGCCUCUCUAUACAGGUAUUUCUUUGGUCUUAGAUAAUUGAUAUGUAAGCGGCUUCAUUUAUACUAUCUUCCCUGCUGAAUUCUGUUUUGUGCAGAUUUGUAUAUAUUUACUUGGAGAAAUAAAAUUCAUUUCCAUGUUAUGUUGAAUGUAUGAUUUAGGUUGUGAUAGAUGUUUUAGCCAAGAGUGUGUGUGUAUGUUUGCGUUCAUAUACCAGCAACACACUCUAAAUUGCCUUAUUCUGUGUUCUCAUUAGCAGAAGAAAUAUAAAAAAAGAUGAAUCUGAAAUAUAUGUUAAUGCUUCCACAUUGGGGAUUUACACUUUCUCUUUCAGAUCUUAAGGUAAGUGAAAAGCCAGGAUUCUGAUAGUGUAUCCUGAGUUGAUGGCCUUCUGCAUUUAGAAUUAAAAGGGAACAAACUUGCAAAUGUAACAGUAUUUAAAGAUAGGUAGCCUGAGAUUUUUGGAGUUGAAACAAAAGAAUCAUUUCCUUUGGUUUAUCUACUUACAUAUUUAAUUUCAAGAUAUAUUCAAAUAAAAUAUUAGCUUCGAGUAGUGUAUCAGUUGAAAUGGAUAUAACUAAAUACUUUAGAUUGAAGCAUACUAAAAGGAGUUAUGUAGUAUCAUAAAUUAUUUCUGUGUAAGAAUUGUUUGACAUGAAAUUGUAUUGUUAAAAUUCUUUUAACAAAUUACAAAAACAAUUUAUCGUAGAACAUACAGAAUGAUUUGUUAUUACAGUGGCUGGUGGUUAAAGCUUUGAAGAACUCACUUUAUGACCAUCAAAUCUUGAGCCAUUGUGUAUAACUCUUGGACAGAAAUAUAACAACUUUACUUACAGCAGUUACCUGCUUAAUACCAGGCUCUAUUCCUACUUUGUUGGGUAGGUACACUACCUAGUUGAAAAGUACUUGUGCUAACAUGGGAAAAUAAAUAUAAAGCUACAUGAAGAUGCUGAUAUUUUGAGAGAAAUUCUAAUUAUAUUUUAAAGAUAUAUUUUCAAAAUUUAUUAAAUAUUUCAUGUAAUUAUUCAGUAAUAAUUUUUUUCACAUAAUUUAUAGUAAAAAGCUCCAUUUAUAAAACAUGGGCACCAAGCAUUUAACUGAUGUGACAAAGCCUUGGAUUUUAUGGAUAGGCUUUUCAGUGUGCUUUUCCUGCUUAACUGAUAGAUAUUUUUGUAAUUGGAAAAGUAUGUCAUUUUCAUACUGUGCUUUAGUUUGUCACUUAACUAUGCCAGCAUGGUAAAACCAGUGCAAGAUUGCAGCUGAGACUAGUUUGAAGGAUUACAAUAAUAUUUCAUCUUAAAUUGGUGCAUCAUUCCCUGUUUGUUCCUGAAAGUAUUACGCUGGUUUCACUCAGGCUAUGCCAGCCACAAAUGCAUUAACUAUAUCAACUCGAUACUCAUCAAUCUGCUGAUAUCAACUUCUUUUUACAGCAUUUUCUGAUUUUCAACCACAAAUGGCUCAAAACUUAUUGCAAUGUAGAUUGCUUGCUAACAGCUGUUGUCUUUGUUCAUUUUCAUCUAUUGGUAUGAGUACAAGUUUGGAGUGUAUUGGCAGCAGGCAGAGAACAGUUUUAUUUGAGGUAUGGCUACAUUUAUUCUGCUCUGUCACACUGAAGAUAAGCAAUCCUAAUGAGGAGUUUUCACUCACCACUUCUGUAGUCCGUCAUAUUCCAUUGAUGCCCCUUGUUCCCAUUUUUGAAUUUUCUCAAACCAAGAUUUCGAUGUUGCAGUCACAAUCUCGUCAUAUUUUUCUGCCAAAAUAGAGUUUUGAGUUGAUUACUCUAUUGGCAUAAUAAUAUUGGUAUUACAAACUUUUUUUCAUAUUGAAACUUUCAGAUUAAAUUCGAAUAUUAGAGGUCAUUGUUUGAUUGAAUUUUUUUUUUGCAGUUUUGAAGAAUUUGCAUGGCUUUUUUUUUUUAAAUGUAUGAAAAAGACAUGUUGCCAAUUUCAAUUUUUCUAGAUAUUUUAGUUUUAACAGGUUUGAUUAAUUAUUUCUUGAUCCCUUUCUUUUAAAUGGGCAUAUGCUUAUUACUAGUGCUAAUUUCUAUUUUACUGUAUAUCUAUUUAGCUCUAGUAUUUAGCUAUUCUUUUUCUACUGAUGAUUUCAUAAUGUAAAUUUUAUUCAGUUAUUGACUGGCCAGACUGGUGAUAAAGUGAAGGAUAUUAUUACUGAAAUUAGUUAUGUAUAUUUAUAUCACCACAAAAACUAUUUGAAUAUAGUUACACUAAAUAUACCUGAAAUUUUACACAUACACAUGCGCGCAUGCACACACACACACACACACAAAGUUUUUUAUAAAUUAGAAUGUUGUUUUCCUUAUUAGCAUAAACCAACCUUUUGAAAGUUUCAUUUUUUUAAAAAUUUCCCCAUUGAUUAUUUAAUUUACUUUUCAAAAUUAUAUUACAAAAGUCCACUUAAUUGGGUUCAGAAUUGGUCAGAAUUGCUAUUUUGUAAUAAUCUAUCAAAAUUAAAUUAUUUAUUUCAAUUUUAUUUAUUUAUUGGUCAUUUUUUUAAUCUUUUAACAGUAGGGCAUUUUUAUAGUAUUUCUUGGUUCAACAACUUCAGUUUCAAUAGGUUAUUUGCAUGUGUUGACUUCAACUAUGAUAUAUUCUUCACACUUUCAUUGUUUCCAAGUUUUAGUAAAACUAUUUAAAUGUAGAUAGUUGAAAUGUUCCCUAUAUGAAAGCUGAAUUACUAGUUGUUCAUCACUGGCCAUCAUGUCUUUUAGAUGGUUUGUAUUAAAGGUAUUCUCUUGUUACCAGCUUUCUACUCAAUGUUUGCUGAUCGUGGGAGUGAGUACUGCAUGUAUGGAUUUGAUGAGCAUACAGAGGUUAGUGCAGCUUUCUCUGGCCAAGCGUUUAAAGACAUUGACUGACUGACUGCUGGGGGGUGGUGACAGUACAUACAGACACCUUCCCUGUACCAUCACUUUUAGCGUAAUUCAAUCUGUAUCCUUGACUGAAAAUUUUGCGCACUGAUUUAUUAUUGAAAUAUCUUUACGAAUUUUUUUUUUUUUUUGAAAAAAGAAAUGCAUUUAAAUUAUUGCCUUACAUUAUAUGGCAAGAUUUUUUGAGAAGUACUUUUAAAAAAAAAAGUUUAAUACAUUUAUUAUUACUACAUUUUUAUUAGUAAACAACAAGCAUACAGCUGCCUCUUAAAAAAAAAAAAGUAUUAGUUUCAAAUGGUAAACUGAUAAAAUUCUGAUUCCUCCCUGCUAAUUGGAAAUUUCCUCACUCACAUAAACCAUUGUUGACUAAUUUUAACUUAGCUUAUUUGGGCAAAAUAUAAACUUAUUUUGUCAUUUAUUUUUUCAGUGACUCUAAAUAAUAAAGAAAACAAACUUUUGUAUUAUAAUUUUUUUUUUAAAUAUUAGAUGAAAGGUUUCUUGUAAAAAUUUGAAUGACAAGUAUUGUUUCAUUAUCAUCAUAUUUUGUUUUAAGUAUAUCGUGUUUUGUACCUAAUUAAAAUCAUAGAAUUAAAUAAAAACUGAACAACAAAUUUAAUAGUUUUUUUUUUUAUUAUUAUUUUCCAAACCAUUUAUUUUUCUUUUCAUUUUCAAUCAAUAGAAAAUAUUCUUAAAUUUUCUGUUGGUAUAGAUUUAUUUUCUGUAUUUCCUGAAACCAUUUUUGUUUUUCAUUGCUCUGAAAAUUGAUAAAAUAUUUCCUUCAGAUAUUACUUGACCACAUUUUUUGUGUUCAUUAAUAAAAUUUGCAACUUAAUGUAUAUAUUUUUUUUCCUUAUGAUCAUUUUUACUCAGUACCAUUUUUUAAUCUAACAAAUGGUGUUGCAAAUUUAAACCUGAUAAAUUAAGAAUAUUUGUCUGUCAUCUCUUAGCUUCUCAUUAUUCAUUUUGUUAGAUUAUUCACACAGUUUUUUUUUUAUUCAGAUGGCAAUUAUAUGGGAGCUGUAUCUUAUAGUUGAAUUUUUAGUCUUAUGGUGAUUUACAAAUUUCUAAAAAAAUUUGAAUUUGUCUUUCAUAACAGCCAAUCAAAAAGAUAUUUCUUUUUGAUUUGAGCAGGAACUAUUGUUUAUGCUAGAACGUGUGGUGUGCAAUGAAGGUGUUUGUUUUUAGAUUGUGUUGACAUAUGUUAACUUUCAUAGAUGAUUGGAUGAUACUUAUUUGAAGUUUCUUCUAUUUUUCUCUUGUAGUGAAAUGACAGCACCACCACCAUUUGAACUGUGUUAUUUCCUUUGCUGUAAACCAGUUGAAACAGUCCUGAUGAUGAGAAUAGUGUCAUUAUUAAGAUAAUCAACACCUUAGCCAUGCCAGGAUUGAAACCAGCUAUUCAAAUAGGUAUUUCUACUUAAAAAGAACCAGAGGUAUGUGAAAUAGGUACCUACUGUCUCCUCCUCUUAUUCCUCACUGUAGUGUCAGAUGGUUGUUCCUGUUUUUCCUCUGGUAUAUAACUGACAACUGCUCUUGCUGCUGUUCUAUUAUUCACUGGUUAGAAUAGCACUCCAUGCAGUGUAGUCUUUUCAUACAGUUUUGACUGUUUCUGUCCAUUCAUUUUGUUAUAAAUGGUCUUGCUAAUUUUUUUUUUAAUGUAUUUCUUCUAUAAAGAAGCAAUAAAAUACAUUUUGCUCUUUU